AUGUCUGUCCUUCUCGAGACUUCCGCUGGCGACAUUGUCAUUGACCUACUUGUCGACCAUGCGCCCAAGUUAUGUGAGAACUUCCUGAAGCUCUGCAAGACAAAGUACUACAACUUCUCCCCCGUCCACUCCGUCCAGAAGGACUUCUCCCUGCAGACCGGCGACCCCCUCGGUCCGCUCUCUAAGGACUCUGAUGGCGGAUGCUCGAUAUGGGGUCGCCUGUCCGGCAACCCGUCCGACCGCACAUUCCAGGCCCUCUUCCAUCCCAAGCUCAAACACCUCGAGAAGGGCACCGUGAGCAUGGCGACGGUCCCCGUGUCGGCUGAUGACCCCGAAACGCGAGUUGCCGCCUCUCAAUUCAUCAUCACCCUCGGCGAGGACACCGACUACCUGGACGGCAAGGCUGCCAUCUUUGGCAAGGUGGUCGAGGGUUUCGACGCACUGGACAAGAUCAAUACGGCUGUGGUGGACGAGAAGGGCUACCCGCUUGUGGAUAUCAGGAUAAAACAUACCGUGAUUCUGGAUGAUCCCUACCCUGACCCUCCUGGUUUGAGAGAGCCGAGCGCGAGCCCUCCCCCAUCAGAUGCCCAGCUCAAGACGGUCCGGAUCGCCGACGAGGCCGCCCUCCUUGAGGAUGACGGUGUCGACGAAGCAGAGCUGGAGAAGCGACGACGCGAGAGGGAGGCGAACGCCCAGGCGCUGACGCUGGAGAUGAUGGGUGACCUGCCAUUUGCCGAGGUCAAACCCCCUGAGAAUGUGCUCUUCGUCUGCAAGCUGAAUCCCGUCACUGGCGAUGAGGACCUGGAGCUCAUUUUCGGCCGGUUCGGCAAGAUCCUCAGCUGUGAGGUGAUCCGGGACGGCAAGACGGGCGACAGUCUGCAGUAUGCUUUCAUCGAGUACGAGGACAAGGCAUCCUGUGAGGCGGCGUAUUUCAAGAUGCAGGGCGUGCUCAUCGACGACCGGCGGAUCCACGUCGACUUCUCCCAGAGUGUUAGCAAGCUGAGCGAUGUCUGGAGGAGCGACACCAACAACAAGCGUCGGGUCAACGCAGGACGUGGUGGUUGGGGCGGUGUUCGAGAUCUGGAGAAGCGCAGACAGUACAGAAAUGAGGGAGAAAGAGCUGUGGGUAAGGACUACGGCCUGUUGAGCCUCGGGGCGGGAGAGGAGGGAGAGGCCCAGGAGGCGACAGGCACAACCAACGCAGCCGAAGCCCACGAAGGAGAGACAGGAGUCGUGAUCGGUAUCGAGACUCAAAGGAUGACCGCCGGCGAGACUACGAUCGAGACCAUCGCGGGGACAACAGGCAGAGAGACCGAGAUCGAGACCGGGACAGGAAUCGACGUGAUCAUGGCCAUCGGUCGAGAAGAUAGACUGGAAUUUUCGCAAGAACCAACAACAUUUGAUACCCAAAAAUUAAUGAUACCUUCUAGCCGGCCCCCGUUGACUACGCUGACUUCCUCACAAACCUAA